AUGAAUCUCUACCCUUCCACCCUCUCCAAAAGUCCCAGUGCGACUGAGCCACGAGGCGUGUGCACGCUGUUUUCAUUAAGCACGUCCUACCAGCCCCUCCCCCUGGUUAAACGUGCUCUCUGAUUGGCUACAAGGGGCAAACAACACACUAGAUUGCCCCAGUGGACUUAAAAAAGUUUGGAUGAUUUGACAAAGCAUUUUUUAAAAACGAAAAAAAAGGCGCCAUUACGGAAAACGGCCAAUCGCGGUUCGAAACCGCGAUAUCCAGGCGUGUGGACAGCCAAGAUUCAAUAUUGAUUCAAAAAAUCCGAAAAAAACGAAUCAAUAACGGUAAACGGGGAAAACGAAUUAUUUGAGCAAGCCUAGUACAUACAAUAUAUUAUUAACAUAGCAUAAUACAAGCAAUUAAAUUACUAUAUUGUACUAUAUAAUUUUAUGGUAAUAUUAUUAGUAAUAUUGGAAGGAGUUCCCCUUUUUCCAUUCUAUCAUUCAUUCUUUUCUUUCUCCAUCUCCCCCUCCCUUCUAUUCUUUUCAUUUCUGGAUUCAUUCCAUUCUUUUUAAAGAAUCAUGGAUUCCCUUUGCUGAUUACUUUGCUGGUUAUGUGCUUGAGCCCCACUGUCUGCAUUUCUUGGUAUUUCCAUUCUCAACAUGAAGGGAAAGGGGAAAAUCUUGGAUAUAAAGGUUUCUAGCUUUCAUCCUUGAUCUUGUGCUUCUUUCUUGACCAGGAAAAUGGGGAUUCUCUGAAGCCAACUCUCUGAUGCAAUAAGGAAACCAACAAUAUAGAAAGAAGAAAUCUUCUCAAGGUCAAUGAUCUUGCUGAAUUCUUGACCUCACUUCCAGAUAAGAAAGGAAAAAGGAAGACACAGCUAUCAAUUUGCAAUUAAACACCCAGAUCACUAUUGGGGUUUUUUUGUGUGUCAGGAGCAACUUGAGUCGUUUCUGGAGUGAGAGAAUUGGCCAUCUGCAAGGACGUUGCCCAGGGGACGCCCGGAUGUUUUGAAGUUUUUUACCAUCUUUGUGGGAGGUUUCUUUCAUGUCCCCACAUCGAGCUGGAGCUGCCCCCGGUUGGGAUUCGAACCUGGCAGAUUUUAGGUCAGCAACCCAACCUUCAAGUCACAAGGCUUUAGUCCACUACGCCAUCGGGGGCUCUUACUGUUGGCGUUAAGGAGAAAGCAUAUAAAUGGAUGAAACAUGCAAAGAAUUUUUCUCAAGGGAUCAUCUGCAGCAACAUGAAUGGUCUCACACUGGAGAGAAGCCCUAUACAUGCCUGGAGUGUGGACAGAGUUUCACUCGUAGCUCGAGUCUGUAUUUACAUCAAAGGAGUCACACUGGGGAGAAACCCUAUGUAUGCCUGGAGUGUGGACAGAGCUUCGCUCGUAGUUCAGGGCUAGAUUUACACCAAAGGACACACACUGGGGAGAAACCCUAUGAAUGCUUGGAGUGUGGACAGAGCUUCACUCGUAGUUCAGGGCUACGUUUACAUCAAAGGAGUCACACUGGGGAGAAACCCUAUGAAUGCUUGGAGUGUGGGAACACGUUCUCUGAUAGUUCAGGUCUUCGUAGACAUCAAAGGAUACACACUGGGGAGAAACCCUUCACAUGCCCAGAGUGUGGGCAGAGAUUUGCCCGGCGUUCAACUCUACAUGUACAUCAAAGGACUCACACUGUGGAGAAACUCCAUGAAUGCCUGGAGUGUGGACAGAGCUUCACUCAGCUUGCAUAUCUACAUGUACAUCAAAGAACUCACACUGGGGAGAAACCCUUUACAUGCCCAGAGUGUGGACUGAGAUUCACUCACAGUUCAAGUCUACGUGCACAUGAAAGGACUCACAAGGGGGAGAAACCCUAUAUAUGUCUGGAGUGUGGAAAGAGCUUCACUCAGAGUUCAAGUCUGUAUUUACAUCAAAGGAGUCACACUGGGGAGAAACCCUAUGUAUGCCUGGAAUGUGGACAGAGCUUCACUCGUAGUUCAGGGCUACGUUUACAUCAAAGGAGUCACACUGGGGAGAAACCCUAUGAAUGCUUGGAGUGUGGGAACACGUUCUCUGAUAGUUCAGGUCUUCGUAGACAUCAAAGGAUACACACUGGGGAGAAACCCUUCACAUGCCCAGAGUGUGGGCAGAGAUUUGCCCGGAGUUCAACUCUACAUGUACAUCAAAGGAGUCACACUGUGGAGAAACUGCAUAAAUGUCUGGAGUGUGGACAGAGUUUUACUCAUGUUGCAUAUCUGCAUAGACAUCAAAGAACUCACACUGGGGAGAAACCUUAUAAAUGCCAGGAAUGUGGACAGAGCUUCAAUCAGAGUUCAGGUUUACUUUUGCAUCAAAGGACUCACACUGGAGAGAAACCCUAUGAAUGCCUGGAAUGUGGACAGAGCUUCACUCAGAGUUCAGGUCUACGUUCGCAUCAAAGGACUCACACUGGGGAGAAACCCUAUAAAUGUCAGGAAUGUGGACAGAGCUUCCCUCAUAGUUCAGGUUUACGUUCACAUCAAAAGACUCACACUGGGGAGAAACCUUAUAAAUGCCAAGAAUGUGGACAGAGCUUCCCUCGUAGUUCAGGUUUACGUUCGCAUCAAAGGACUCAUACUGGGGAGAAACCCUAUACAUGCCUGGAGUGUGGAAAGAGCUUUAUUCAGAGUUCAAAUCUACGAUUACAUCAAAUGACUCACACUGGGGAGAAGCCCUAUACAUGCCUCGUUUGUGAAAAGACCUUCACUCAGAGUUCAAAUCUGCACAGACAUCAAAAGACUCACACUGGUUCUCCCUUGUGAGCCUGGCCACAAGGGCCGGGCCAGGAGGGAGUGUUGAUGGGACCAGGAGGAGUGUGGCCAGAUGGGCUGUGGGUGGGAGAGGGCAGGGUCCAAGCAGGAGAGGUUGGGGUUGGAUGGGAAGGGGUGGGGUCAUGGUGGGAGGGGGCGGUGUGGACAGAGGAAGAGGAGGAGGGUAGCGAGAGUGCUCUCGCUAGUGACGUGUAGCUAAUAAUAAUAAUAAUAACUUUAUUUUAUACCCUGCCUCUCUCUCCCCAAAAGGGACUCAGGGCGGCUUACAUGGGGCCAAGCCCGAAUAAAAACAAUAGCAGUAUAAAACACAGCAAUAGACAAAAAACAUGCACAAUUAAAAAAUUUAAACAUUAGCCAUUAAAAACAAGAACUGGUUCUCCUCUGAGGCUGGGAAAGGCGGGCUAUCUUCCCAAGGCUCAAAGGAAAAGAAGAAACACUUGGUCUGCGCUCUCGGGAGAGCAUUUGGUGUAACUCUGCCUCGGCACUUAGAAUCAUAGAAUCAUAGAAUAGUAGAGUUGGAAGAGACCUCAUGGGCCAUCCAGUCCAACCCCAUUCUGCCAAGAAGCAGGAAAUUGCAUUCAAAGCACCCCCGACAGAUGGCCAUCCAGCCUCUGCUUAAAAGCCUCCAAAGGAGGAGCCUCCACCACAGUCCAGGGGAGAGAGUUCCACUGCUGAACAGCCCUUCUCACAGUGAGGAAGUUCUUCCUGAUGUUCAGGUGGAAUCUCCUUUCCUGUAGUUUGAAGCCAUUGUUCCGUGUCCUAGUCUGCAGGGCCGCAGAAAACAGGCUUGCUCCCUCCUCCCUAUGACUUCCCUUCACGUAUUUGUACAUGGCUAUCAUGUCUCCUCUCAGCCUUCUCUUCUGCAGGCUAAACAUGCCCAGCUCUUUAAGCCGCUCCUCAUAGGGCUUGUUCUCCAGACCUUUGAUCAUUUUAGUCGCCCUCCUCUCGACGCUUUCCAGCUUGUCAACAUCUCCCUUCAACUGCGGUGCCCAGAAUUGGACGCAGUGUGAUUCCAGGUGUGGUCUGACCAAGGCAGAAUAGAAUAAUGGGAGCAUGACUUCCCUGGAUCUAGACGCUAUUCCCCUAUUGAUGCAGGACAGAAUCCCGUUGGCUUUUUUAGCUGCCGCAUCACAUUGUUGGCUUAUGUUUAACUUGUCCACGAGGACUCCAAGGUCUUUUUCGCACACACUGCUGUCAAGCCAGGCAUCGUCCCCCAUUCUGUAUCUUUGGUUUCCUUUUUUUCUGCCGAAGUGAAGUAUCUUACAUUUGUCCCUGUUGAACUUCAUUUUGUUAGUUUCGACCAAUCUCUCUAGUCUGUCAAGAUCAUUUUGAAUUCUGCUCCUGUCUUCUGGAGUGUUGGCUCUCCCUCCCAGUUUGGUGUCGUCUGCAAACUUGAUGAUCGUGCCUUCUAACCCUUCGUCUAAGUCGUUAAUAAAGAUGUUGAACAGAACCGGGCCCAGGACGGAGCCCUGCCGCACUCCACUUGUCACUUCUUUCCAUGAUGAAGACGACGCAUUGGUGAGCACCCUUUGGGUUCGUUCGCUUAGCCAAUUACAGAUCCACCUAACCGUAGUUUUGUCUAGCCCACAUUUUACUAGUUUGUUUGCCAGAAGGUCGUGGGGGACUUUGUCGACGGCCUUACUGAAAUCCAGGUACGCUACAUCCACAGCAUUCCUUGUAUCGACCCAACUCGUAACUCUAUCGAAAAAAGAGAUCAGAUUAGUCUGGCAUGACUUGUUUCUGGUAAAUCCGUGUUGACUAUUAGCAAUGACCGCAUUUGUUUCUAAGUGUUCGCAGACCACUUCCUUAAUGAUCUUUUCCAGAAUUUUGCCUGGUAUCGAUGUGAGGCUGACCGGACGGUAAUUGUUUGGGUCGUUCUUUUUUCCCUUCUUGGAGAUAGGGACCACAUUCGCCCUCCUCCAAUCUGCUGGGACUUCUCCCGUUCUCCAAGAACUCUCGAAGAUAAUUGCCAGUGGUUCUGAAAUAACUUCCGCUAGUUCCUUCAAUACUCUUGGAUGUAGCUGAUCUGGCCCUGGGGACUUGAAUUUGUUUAGAGUGGCCAGGUGUUCCUGGACAACUUGUUUCCCUAUUUGGGGUUGGAUUUCCCCCAAUCCUUCGUCCAUUCCAUGUUGCUGAGGUUGAAGAUGGCUUUCUUUUUGUGGGAAGACUGAGGCAAAGAAGGCAUUAAGCAGUUCUGCCUUUUCCCUGUCACCACCACCCCAUCUUCCCCUUGCAGUGGCCCUAUCACCUCCUUUUUCUUCCUUUUUCUACCAACAUAAGCAAAAAAGCCUUUUUUGUUGUUUUUUAUGUCCCUGGCAAGCCUGAGCUCAGUUUGUGCUUUAGCCUUGCGAACCUUUUCCCUACAGGUGUUGGCUAUAUGUUUGAAUUCUUCUUUGGUGAUUUCUCCCCUUUUCCACUUCUUGUGCAUGUCACUUUUGAGCUUUAGCUCAGUUAGAAGAUCUUUGGACAUCCAUUCUGGGUUCUUUGCACUUGUCUUAUUUUUUUUCUUUGUUGGCACUGUUUGCAUUUGCGCCUUGAGUAUUUCACUUUUGAAAAACUCCCAUCCAUCCUUAACUCCCUUGUUUUUUAAUAUUGGCGUCCAUGGAAUGCUGCUUGUAAUUCCUUCAUUUUUUGGAAGUUAGCUCUCUUAAAGUCCAGAAUGCAUGUUUGACUUGUCUUAGUUUCAGCAUUUCUUUGUAUUGCAAACUGCAGGAGCACAUGGUCACUUGCCCCUAAGGAUCCAACCACUGUAUUGAUCAGGUCUUCCACAUUUGUUAAGAUUAGAUCAAGAGUUGCUGAUCCCCUUGUUGCCUCUUCUACCUUCUGGACCAUAAAAUUAUCUGCAAGGCAAGUGAGGAAUUUGUUGGACUUUGUACUCUUGGCUGAGUUUUGUUUUCCAGCAGAUAUCGGGAUAAUUGAAAUCGCCCAUGACUACUAUAUCUCUUCUUUGUGCCUGUUUGGUCAACUGCUGACAGAAGGCUUCAUCAAGUCCUUCAUCCUGACUCGGAGGUCUGUAGUAGACAUCCACGACAAGAUCUUUUUGAGUCCCGGUUCCCUUCACUUCUCUCAGCCGCUGUGUCCACAUACUGAGAAGAGGGGAAACGCAGACAGGAGCCGGAAGGACGAGGCCAAGAGUAGGGGGGCACCAACUGGAGCAGCUUUACUGCCACUGCUGCUGCUCCCUCCCUUCCUUGGGCCAUUUUCUCGGCCAAAGAAUAAAACCUUGCCCAUGCUUUGGCCGAGUGAAGGAAAAAGAAGAGAGGGAGCAACAGAAAUGGCUUAUCCCACGCAAGGGGACUGACUGAUGAAGAUCGGCAACGUAUCAGAGAUGGACAGAGUCAAUUGAAGAGAAAUAUUUGAUUGAAUUCAAGAAAGACUGGGACUUCUUUAUCACUUUUUCUCAACAAUAACACGUGCAAAUGUCAGUUGUCGGAUCUAUGAACUGGGAGAGUGUUGCCAAAAGCAGAAGUGUCCUUCCAUAGGAUUAAGGGCCGUAAUAUAAUAAGGGACACAAUCAACUUGGUGAGAAGUUCUUAGAAUUAGACCCAGGUCUGUUUGUUCAUUUGUUAGUGUACUUUGUGUGUCUCUGUAGGAGUAUUUUAUUGGUGUGUGUGUUUUCUGGUUUUAUUUUGGUAGUUGUGGCAGCCACUCAAUGAGCUGUAUGGUUUUACCAUUAUAGGUUAUAAACUUAUUAUGUUUCUCUUUUUCUUAAUAAAGUCAGUGUUUAUGAAAAGGAGAUUUGUAAGGUUCAAAACAUCAUACUGGAAAAGCAGAUCGAGCUAGGGUUUAGUUCAUCAUCUGACGUCCUUCGGGAUAUUAUUUUUGCUCUUAUUACGUUGGUCAUGACUUAAAAUUCAUGAUUCAAUCUGACUGGAUAUGAUGAUUCACUAAAUUUGUCAUUUAUAUCUAUCUAUCCAUCCAUAUCCAUAAUAAAAGUGGAAACCUGUAUAUGUGUAUGUGGCACGGGUGUCUGUUCACACAGACAGCCUCCGGCCUCCACAAACAGGCUACAGUUUCCAGUGCUGAGGAGCCAGCACGUCACUCUUUUCCUCUGACAUUGCAGUUACGGCGAGCGCCAUGAACAUGCAGUCCAACCCCCUGCCAGUGUCCUCCCCAAACACUACAGCCCACCACCCAAGGAAUGCUUUCGUUUGGGAGCCAUUUCAUCCUAGAUUCUGCAUUGUCCUCCACCACAGGCAGGCAACCCAGGGUUCUCCAUUGGUGUGGAAUUUGCAUGACCCCGCCUACUGCCCUUCCCUUUCAAAUCUCUCUGCAGAACAAACAGGGCAGAACUGAGCAGCAACUACAUUUCCUGGAGGAGUUUGGGGAUUGAGUUCACAUGGUGGAAGUUGUCGUUCACCCUGCAUCCGGUCAGAGCCCUGUGACUCCUACUGGGGAAUUUAGAGGAGUUGUAGUUCACCUACACCCAGAACGCUAUGAACCCAAACAAUGACGGGUGUGGACCAAACUUGCCAUGCAGACUCGAUAUGCCCAGAUUUGAAUACUGGUGGGUUUGGGGGAGAAUUGGCCUGGACAUUUGGGAAUAGUAGUUAUUGGGAUUUAUAGUUCACCUGCAAUGAAUGAGCACUGAACCCCUCCGAUGAUGGAUCAGGACCAAACCUGGCACACAGCCCCCAUAAACAACAGAACAUAUUGGACAAGUUUGCGGAAAUGGGAAUUAUAGUUCACCUGCAUCCAGAGAAACCGUGAUCCCCACCGACAAUGGACUGGGACCAAACCUCACACAGAGAAGCCUCAUGACCAACUAAACAUACUGCAGGGGUUUGUGGAAAUGGACCUUGAGUUGUAGUUCACCCGCAUCCAAAGAGCACUGAGCCCAGCCAACGACAGAUCUGGACCACACUUGGUACACAGAACCAAAAUGGCCAACUUUGGAUACUGGCAGGUUUGGGGAGGAUUGACCCACAAUUCUGGGAAUUGUAGUUCACUCACUCCAAACUGAGAACACCUAACAUUCAAAGACAAACAGUGCCCGGGCACCGCCGGGUCCCCAAGCUAGUCCAUAAUAAAAUGGAAAGGUUUUGGACCUUCUGAAAAAAAGUCACAGAAUUUAGAAUUUUGUCAGUGCUGAACAUGCUAGAGUCAACAAGGUGAAGAAGGUUUGGAGGCAUAACAGGGGUCUUUGCGCUUUUCCACUUUCAUGGGCUCCCGAGGCCCUAAACCAGAGGUCCCCAAACUAAGGCCCGGGGGCCAGAUGCGGCCCUCCAAGGUCAUUUACCUGGCCCCUGCCCUCAGUUUUAUAAUAUAUUUAUUACCAGUUUUAAUAAUAUAAUAUAUUGUAUAUACAUAUAAUAUUGAUAAAAAUAUUAUAAUGUUAUACAAUAUAAUACUAAUAAUAAUACCAUAUAAUAAUAUUAAUUAUAUGUUAUAACAUAUAGUAUUACAGUAUAGUGGUAUAGUUCAAUAUAGUAAUAUAUAAUGCUAAUAUUGUGCUAUGCUAAUAAUAUAAUAUAUGGUAUGUACAUACAGCUGCUCUGAGUCCCCUUCGGGGUGAGAAGGGUGGGAUAUAAAUGUAGUAAGUAAAUAAAUAAUUAAUUUUAGACUUAGGCUCGGCCAAAGUCUGACAUGACUUGAAGGCACACAACACCAACAACAAUCCUAAUUAACUUGACUAUCUCGUUGGCCAGUAGCAGGCCCACACUUUCCAUUGAAAUCCUGAUAGGUUUAUGUUGGUUAAGAUUGUUUUCAUUUUUAAAUAUUGUAUUGUUCUUUCAUUGUUGUUGUUUUGCACUACAAAUAAGACAUGUGCAGUGUGCAUAGGAAUUUGUUCGUAUUUUUUUUCAAAUGAUAAUUCGGCCCCUCAACAGUCUGAAGGAUUGUAGACCGGCCCUUUGCUUUAAAAGUUUGGGGACCCCUGCCCUAAACCAUGCAAAUGUGGAGCUCUGACUGCGGCCGUGAAAUUGAAUGCCACCCCAAGCCCACAAAAGAGCUUCCAAAGAUCCACUGGAUCUUCAUCAGGCUAAAGGCUUUAGAAAUCAUACAGCAAAAGGGGGGGGGGAUAUAUCCUGAUUUGAAGGGGCCCAGGCCUACCAUUUGCAAAGCAUUGCCGUUGUUAUUGUUGGUUAGGAGAUUGUUUUUGGCCAUUUGGACUCCGAGAGACAGAGUCCUAAAAUCUAGGCCAAAAAAAGUAACUUCCUUUGAGAGCCAGGCUGCCCCUGCCUUGGAUGAGCUUGUGGCUGUGAGCUUGUGGUUAUUUGUCACUACACAAAACAGCUUCAAAAAGGGUUGUUUAUAGAUUUGCCAAUAAGUUAUUUAUUUAUGUAUUUAUUUAUUUUGUGUCAAAGCAUUGCAUAAUAAGUUUAAAAGUGAUAAAGGAAACGCAAACAGCUAAAUAGUUUUAGACCAAAAGCAGGCAACCGCAAUCGCAUUGUCCGUAGCUUUAAACAACGUUUCCUCCGUACAUGAGGCAGGACAUUGUGGGCAAGCAUUCAUAUGCGGAGUUGUUUGUUCUGCUCCACCGUCACACAAGGUGGAGGAUUCCUCCAGGUCAGUGAUGGGCAACCUUUUGCACUUGGUGUGUCAAAGUUCCCCCAAAAACCUAGCAUGACUUGGGUGGUGUGUCACUUUGAGAAAAAAUACCAUUAUUUUGCGAUAUGUAUAGAUUAAAUAACAAAAAUGUAUAAUUGUAAUAGAGUCUCACUUUUCCAACAUAAACAGGCCAGAAGAAUGUUGGAUAAGCGAAAAUGUUGGAUAAUGAGGGAUUAAGGAAAAGACUAUUAAACAUCAAAUUAUGUUAUGAUUUUACAAAUUAAGCACCAAAAUAUCAUGUUUUACAACAAGUCAACACAAAAAGUACUUCAAUAUAUGGUAAUGUUAUGCAGUAAUUACUGUAUUUAUGAAUUUAGCACCCAAACUUUGAAAUGUAUUGAAAACAUCAAUUACAACAACAUGGACUACUAAAAGGCAAACCGCGUUGGAUGAUAAUACAGAAGGUUGGAUAAGCGAAGGUUGGAUAAGCGAAACUAUUGUAUACAACUGUAUUUAAUAAACCAAAACUAUUUACUGCCA